CGUAGGAUUGUUUUGUAAGCGUUCCUGGUGGCAUUCUCGUGGUCGGUUUUUGGAGCCUGCAUCAUCAAUUAGUCACUGUUUCGAGCACUAAGAGAAAAGAGACAAUGUUGACAAAAGGGAUUGUGCGAUCUGGUCUAAAAAUGGGCACAUCCACUGCCUUCUUAACUUGGUGUCUCUGAGCCUGCAGCAAGGCGUUUCUCCUAGACCAGAUUAUGAAGGGUUAAAUAGGUUGAUCUUUCUGGGUCCUAGAGCCCCUCCAUAUCUUUAGAGACAGGGGGAAGGAAUAAGGUACGGAGCUUCCUCUCUCACACAAACAGUCAGCUCUUGGGUUUUUUUUUCUUUUCUUCCCAGCAGUAGCAAAAGCAGCAGAUCGAGACAGUAGAAGCCCCCAAGACGGGCAAAGCAGCAGAGCCACUCUGGGCAGCUCCCAACAGAUUAAAAGCAGAAUAAAACAUCAUAUGCAUGACUACUGAGAAGCAAGCCUCACUGAGUUCAGUGAGACUUAUCCCAGCUAUGUGUUCUGCUGCCCCAUUGCUCAAGUGGAGAUUAGGGUACCAGAUCCAGAUGCAGCAUCCUGAGGAUCGGCUGUGAAGAUAGAUCUGAAAGUAUGUGAACAAUGGCAGAAGACACGCAGAAGUCAGAAUGAAAGGUUCUUAGUGCCUUAGAUGGGAAUUUUGCUGUGCUCUUGAUGGUAGUAGCACUGUUGAUGAUAAGCCCUGUUCUGUUGAACACAGUCCUGCCAAUUUUGGCAUGGGAGUUGAGGAGCUGAGAGCAGCGUCAAGGCCAAUGCCAAGGAGACAAAAUGGCUGCAGUUGAAGGGAAGCAAUAACACUACAGCUCUAACUGCCUUUGAGAGCAACCAGAGGGAAGAAUGGAGGAGCCAAACCCAGGACAUCCUGAACUGGGGGAAGGGGUAGGCAAGUCUCCUCGGGCUGUUCAGGCUGGGGCAAUCAGUGAAUUUCUGAGGUGGGCCACACCACACCAUGGUAGGGUUGACAGACAGGAGGGAAUGCGUCCUCAUGGAGAAGCCCAGUGGCAAGAAAUCCUCAAAACGGUACAGUCCUCUCACUCAGGUUGGGCAACUUCCCAGCUGCCAGAGUUGCCGCCUUGGGAUGACCUGUCUACAUUCGAGCGGGUGGUCGAUGCCUGCCAGUGGCCACGAGGAGAGGGCAUGGCCAAACUCGUGCCGAAUCUCGCCAGAGAAGCACAGCAGGCCUUCAAUAGCCUAGAAACAAGAGAAAGAGGAGACUACGGGAAGGUGAAAGUUGCCAUCCUGCGGGAGGACUUUGUGAACGUGGAGGCCCAGCGCCAGCACUUCCGCCAGUUCCGCUACCAGGAGACCGAGGGGCCCCGGGAAGCCUGCAGCCGGUUGCGGGAGCUGUGCCAUCGCUGGCUGGAGCCGGAAAGCCGGACGAAGGAGCAGAUCCUGGAGCUGCUGAUCCUGGAGCAGUUCUUGACGAUUCUGCCGAAGGAAAUCCAGAUUCGAGUCCGAGAGCGCGGGCCGGAGACCUGCGCCCAGGCAGUGGCCCUGGCAGAGGGAUUCCUUCUGAGGCAGCAGGAGGGGGUGAAGCGGGGACAACAGGUAUUGGGAACAGCCCAAGAAGGGCCUGCAAAUUGCUCUGAAGCUCAUUGGCCUCUGGUCAACACCAGGCAAAGGCAAACCUAUAAGGAAGUCAGACAGCAGGACAAUGGGAAUGCCAGCUCCUCCGGUGCCAAGUUUUUGGGAAGAGCUGGAGAGUAUUUCCAGUGUCCGGACUGUGGGAAAAGGUUUAGGGGAGAGGAGGAACUCCAAGCUCAUGGCGGUAUCCACAGGAAGGACCGACCUCAUGCCUGUGCUCAGUGUGGGAAAAGAUUCACCCGCCCGUCGGGCCUAGCCAAACAUUUGAAAACUCAUUCUGGGGAGAAACCUUACCACUGUGCUCAGUGUCCAAAAAGCUUUAUUCAGAUGUCGCACCUCACCAGACACCAGAGAAUCCAUACUGGGGAGAAACCCCACCCUUGUGCUGCAUGUGGGAAGCGCUUCAACUGCCCGUCGGACUUGGCCAAGCACCAGCACAUCCACACGGGUGAGAAACCCUUCCGUUGUGCCGAGUGCGGGGCAAGAUUUAACCAGUUCUCGCAUCUCACAAGACAUCAGAGAAUUCACACAGGAGAGAAGCCCCACGCCUGUACAGAGUGUGGCGAAACCUUUAGCCAGCGAGCGCAUCUUAUCAGCCACCAGAGAAUCCACACGGGGGAGAGGCCCUACCGCUGCACUUAUUGCCAAAAAUGUUUUAGCCACCUCUCAGCUCUUACAGUACACAAGAGAAUCCACAUGGGACAAAGACCUUACGGCUGCCCUGAAUGUGGGAAAAGAUUCAUUGCCUCAUCUGCCCUAACCAGGCACCAGAGGACCCACUCAGAAGAAAGGCCCCACACCUGUGAUGAGUGUGGCAGGAGGUUCAACCAGCUCUCUCAUCUCCACAGGCACCGACGGACCCAUUCAGGUGAGAGGCCCCACAGCUGUGCAGAGUGCGGGAAAAGAUUCAACCAGCUCUCAUCUCUCACCAGACACCAGAAAAUUCACACAGGGGAGAAGCCUUAUCCCUGUGACGAGUGUGAGAGGAGGUUCGUUCGGCUGGCUGACCUCAUUAUUCACCAGAGAAUCCAUACGGGAGAGAAGCCGUACCGCUGCACCGAAUGUGGGAGGAGGUUCCGGCAGAGACAAACGCUCGUCAAGCACCAGAGACUUCAUCCAAUAGUGAAUUCAUAAUCUGUUAACAUGAAGCAAAGCAAAGCCUUUCCUGCUUUUGGGUUUAUAUCCAAGCAAUUGACAGUAUAAAACUGGAUUUUUUUAAAAAAAAAGAAGAAAGAUGAGGGAAGACAUUUAAUUCCAGCAUCCCAGUUUCCCCUGUUACUUUAUCUACUUCCUCUCUCUAUUCCUCCCAAGGAAACGGAUGCAAUAGUUUAUAAAGCCUUGUUAAAAGAGGAUCUUCCGGUAGAAUUCUCCCCCAGGCACAAAAUAAAUUAAAAUUAAAAAGACAGGCAUGCAUGCUGGAAAUGGAAGCUGUUGGAUUCGGAAGCUACCUUCUGCAGUGUUCCAGUGUUGUGCAGACAUUUGGAUGAAAUCAACAGUAUGUUAUAGGCAUGAUGAAGAUACUUUAGUGUUGGGGAGAAUGGAUUUCUCCUUAAAGAAUUGGAAAUAUAGAGAUCAAAGGGGUUGAAUGAUCUGAGCCAACUCUUUCAGCAUAGAUUUUCUGGUACUAAGAUGAGCAUCUUCUUUUGUUAGCACCAUUUUGUCCCUCGACCAUCCCCCCUUGCCUUCUUAAUACUAUGAGGAAUGCCACACCAUCUCAAUUGCUGCUCAGUUGUUGAUUUCAGGCAAAUCUUUUCCUCCAGCUUAGAUGGAACUUCUGUUUUUAUUUAUGUAUUCCUUUGAAUGUAACAAAGGGCCUUACUGUCUAAAUCAACAACCCUCGGGUGGGUCAUUAUCACUCCCACUUUUCCAGAUGAAGGGGCUGAAAUAGACAAAGCCUCAUGCCCAAGACCAUAGAAGGGAAUUCAUGGUGGAUCUAGAAUUUGAAUCGGGACACUCCAAAAGGUGACUGGCUCUCUGCAUAUAUUACAUUGUACCAGCUCACAUUCCCUCCCUCCCUAUUUUCUCAUCGCACCCUUAGCAGAAGUAAACAAGAGAAGAAAACAGAGACAUGGCACCUUCACAGAAUUGUGAUCUUUACUUGUUAUGUAAAUUUCUGUGGUUCCUGUUUUCCAGAUGAGAAACUGUCUGAGACAGAAUGGUUUGUCCAAGGUCUCCCAUUGAGGCAUGGCAGAGUCAGAGCUCGAGAACAGGUCAUGCUUGCUUUCUCGAUCCAUCUUCAUAGGUUUUAGCUUGGAGACGUCAGAAUAGAAUUAAGGUCUUCUCCAAGGUGUCAGUAUUUUGCAGGAGGGGUUCAAGUGUGUAUUAAAAAUUUACUUCUUUGUGCAUCCCCUGCCAAAAAAAACCCCCAACAGACUGUUUGCAUUUAGAAAGGUGAUGGGCAAGUGCACUGAAAUGAGUAGUAUGAACAAAUGAUGAAUGGGAAGGUGUAUACCUGCUGUGAAAGCAAAUCAGGAUGAAUUUAGGAUGAGUGCUCAUUGUUGUAUAACCACCCUGCAAACCAAUCAAAAUGAAUGCUGAAUAAGGAUUGGGCAUAGUCUAACCUCCCUGUAAGCCUUGUGGAAGCAAAUCAUGAUGAAUACUCAAUAAACACAUCAUCUGGAGGAGCCCCAGAUUUA